CAUGAACAUCGUCAAGCUAAUUGUACACAGUAGCACUGCAUAUCAUUCUUCCAUUAUUAAUUACCAGUAGUGCUCCAAGCUAUAUAUUGUGCUAGCUAGCUUGCCCAAAUAUAUUUUUUUUAACACACUAAGAUGAUAGGGUGGGAAGAUGUUUACAAGGUGGUGGUGGCUAUGGUUCCGCUCUACUUUGCCCUAAUUUUAGGGUACGGCUCAGUGAGGUGGUGGGGCGUCUUCACUCCCGAGCAGUGUGGCGCGAUUAACCGCUUCGUUUGUUUCUUUACUCUCCCACUCUUCACGUUCGAAUUCACUGCACAUGUUGAUCCUUACAAAUGGAACUACCGCUUCAUUGGCGCCGACGCCAUCUCUAAGGUCAUAAUCGUGGUGGUGCUAGUACUCUGGGGCAAGUGCAGCAGCAAAGGAAGUUAUAGCUGGUCCAUCACAAGCUUCUCUUUAUGCACGUUAACCAAUUCCCUAGUGGUUGGUGUGCCCUUGAUUAGAGCCAUGUAUGGUUCGUCAGCCGUUGAUCUUGUUGUUCAGUCAUCGGUCGUGCAGGCCAUCAUAUGGCUCACCAUUCUUUUAUUCGUCUUGGAAUUUCGACGAACGGGGUCGAUAGACAUAGUUUCAAGUAGUACUAGUGUCGACACUCGAGUUCAAUCAGUUGAUCCACAAGGGAAAGAUGUAGAAGCCAUGGAGGAGAUAACAAUAAGUACUAGGCCUUCCUUUUGGUACUUGAUGAAGGCUGUGUGGGUGAAACUUGGGAUGAAUCCCAACUCCUAUGCAGUUUUUAUUGGUAUUGCUUGGGCUUUUAUAGCAAACAGGUGGCAUAUUGAGUUGCCAAGCAUCAUGGAAGGAUCUGUUUUAAUCAUGUCAAAAGCUGGUACAGGAACUGCUAUGUUUAGCAUGGGUAUCUUCAUGGCACUGCAGGAAAAAUUUGUAGCCUGUGGGACGAGCCGAACAAUAAUUGGGAUGGUUUUGAGGUUUAUUGCUGGACCGGCAGCCAUGGCGAUUGGCUGUAUUGCUGUGGGCUUGCAUGGUGAUGUUUUACGUGUUGCUAUCAUUCAGGCAGCAUUACCACAAUCCAUUACCUCCUUCAUAUUUGCCAAAGAAUAUGGACUCCAUGCAGAAGUGCUCAGUACAGCGGUAAUAUUUGGCAUGUUGGUGUCCCUUCCGGUGUUGAUCGCUUACUAUGCAGUUCUAGAAUUCGUGCAUUGACAACCGUCUCUCACAGCUAUAUACAUACAUAUGUUUGCAAUCAAUGGAUCGAGGGGAAAAGGUUGCUGCCUUGCUGCUCCUCUCUCCUUAAUUUGUUUUUUGUUUGAUUUUUUUUUUUUUUUUUUUUUUUAUGCUUUAAUUUGGUUUUCUAUAUAUCAGGGUCACUACUGGGACUAAUAUUAAAAUUAGUCUUAUAGUUGCCAAAACUUGUAAUCUAGUUAACAAUAUCGCCCUAAUCUAAAGAGGAUUUAAUUAGACUUCAA